AGUUGUCCCCAGCUCCAUCUGCCCCCAGUAGCAUUUACAUAAAUUAUAAAGUUUAUUUUCAUGUAAGAAACCAAAUGAGCCUUGCUUGAUUUGAUUACAUCACAAGCAAACUUAUGGAAAGCAAGCAGCUACUACCUCUCUCACGCUUUGACACCCAAUUGGAUUAUUCUUUUAUAUAAACUAAAUUGCAGGACAAGCUGAUAGAUAACACAAGGUAUUAUUGUUGUCAAAAAGAAAAUGUGUAUGCUGUUUAAGCUAGUGUUAUUGUAUUUAUGGGUGCAUUGGGUGAAUCAAGGCUCAGAUUUCGUGACCGGAAGGUCUGGAAAUGUUACUAGUGGCACUGUUUUUGUUAAUGGAACAGCUUCAAUAGGAAAAACAGAUGAUAAUUUCAUCUGUGCUACGUUGGAUUGGUGGGCUCCUAACAAAUGUGACUAUGGAACAUGUAGCUGGGAAAGAUCGUCUCUCCUUAAUCUAGAUCUUUCCAACCCCAUAUUGUUAAACGCUAUCAAAGCUUUUUCGCCAUUAAAGAUAAGAAUGGGAGGUACCCUGCAAGAUAAGGUGAUUUACGAGACAAAAGAUGAUAAAAGUCCUUGUGCACCAUUCGUCAAAAAUAGUUCAGAGAUGUUCGGUUUCUCCAAAGGUUGCUUACCAAUGUCUAGAUGGGACCAACUCAACGUUUUCUUCAAAAAAGCUGGGGCUAUGGUAGUUUUCGGAUUAAAUGCACUAAAUGGGAAGGCCAUAGGUUCGGACGGUUCUGCCACUGGAGCUUGGAAUUCUAGUAAUGCUGAAUCCCUUAUACGAUACACUGUUAACAAGGGCUAUAGCAUUCAUGGUUGGGAACUUGGAAAUGAACUGUGUGGCACCGGCGUUGGAGCCAAAGUUGCACCCGACCAAUAUGCGUCUGAUGUGAAGUCUCUUGAAAACAUUGUUCAGAAUAUAUAUAGAGGAUUUGAGGUUAAGCCAUUAGUAAUAGCACCAGGAGGAUUCAUUGAUACAAACUGGUUCGCACAAUUUAUACAAAGAACACCUAAAUCUCUUCAAGUGGUGACCCAACACAUUUACAACCUUGGUCCAGGUAAUGAUAAUCAGCUCAUCAACAAUAUCCUAGAUCCAUCUUAUCUAGAUGGUGGGGCCCAACCCUUUAGAGACCUCGAAGCAAUUCUCAAGAAUUCAGCAACACCAGCAGUGGCUUGGGUUGGUGAAGCAGGAGGAGCUUACAACAGCGGUCAAAAUCUUGUCACCAAUUCCUUUGUUAAUGCUUUCUGGUAUUUGGGUCAGCUUGGAAUGGCAUCUUCCUAUGACACCAAAACAUACUGUAGACAGACAUUGAUUGGUGGAAACUAUGGUCUGCUUGACACUGCUACAUUUGUCCCAAAUCCUGAUUACUAUGGUGCUCUUCUCUGGCAUCGGUUAAUGGGGAGCAAUGUCCUGUCAACAAGCUUCUCUGGGACAACAGGUGUUCGAGCAUAUGCUCACUGUUCUAAACAAUCUCAAGGAAUCAGUCUGCUUCUUAUCAAUUUUAAUGCCAACAUUUCCGUUAAUGUCCGAGUAGUGACAGAUGGAGAACAAGCUCCCAGAGUAAAGUUGGGAAACACUAGUAGAGAAGAGUACCAUUUUACAGCCAAAGAUGAAAAUUUACACAGUCAAAAGGUGGUUUUGAAUGGGAAAAUACUCGCUCUAAAUUCAUCUGGGGGUAUCCCUCCUAUGGAACCAGUAAACAGGAGCAUGACAGAUCCAAUUAUUGUUGCUCCUUUCUCUUAUGUAUUUUCUCAUAUUUCAAGUAUAAUACUUCCUGCCUGUAUCAAUUAAAUUUCUUUUCUGUCAAUUUCCAUAGUAAAGCAAAAACAAAAUAAAUGCAAAAUCCAGGUUUUUAAUUGACCUUUUGACAUUA